AUGCCUCCACAUCUAUGUCAUCUAACACAUCUUCAAAUUUUGAACCUUGCUUUGAACAAAAUCACAGGAAGUAUACCAAAAUGUCUCAACAAUCUUAUUUCCUUGAUGGAUAUAAAGAAUCCAAGUGUAGCCAUUAACCAUUCAUAUGAAAUACUCUCUUUAAGCUAUGUUGACCACACAAUUUGGAUGUGGAAAGGACGAGAGUAUGAAUAUAGAAAUAAUCUUGUACUAGUUAAGAGCAUAGAUCUCUCGAGCAACAAAUUAAAUGGGGUUAUUCCGGAAGAAAUUUGGAUGCUUGAUGGAUUGAUUUCUUUGAAUCUCUCAAAUAACUUGUUGACUGGAAAAAUCACUUCAGAUAUUGGUCUAUCACACUCAUUAGAAGUCUUGGAUUUAUCUGAUAACGAGCUGUGCGGUGAAAUUCCUUCAACCCUUUCUCUUAUUGAUCGUCUGAAUUUCUUGAACUUGAGAAACAAUAAUUUGUCAGGCAGAAUCCCAACAGGCACUCAACUCAGUACCUUUAAUGCCUCUGCAUAUGAAGGGAACCCAAAUCUUUGUGGAUUCCCACUUCUAAAGAAUUGUUUGGGUGAAGAAACAGCUCAAAAUCCAACCGUAAAUAGAAGCAAUGGAGAUACUAGCAUGCAAGGUGACGAAGAUGGGUUUAUAACCCUAGGGUUUUAUGUUAGUGCAGCCAUUGGAUUUGUCGUCGGUUUUGGGGGAGUUUUUGGCACAUUCUACUAA